AUGUCGAAACACGGAACUACCAUCGGCUUCUUGGUCCUCCUACUUGGCGCGUUCUGUAUAAAACAAAGGCUCAAACACCAAAAGGACGCCGAGAUUCGAAAACUAUUCUUUGAGCAAAACGGUGGCGGCAUGUUGAGACAGCGUCUCUCAGGAGUAGGGCCAUCAAAUGUUGACAUCAAAAUCUUUACUGAGGAAGGCAUGAAGACAGCAACUAAUGGUUAUGACAAGAGCAGAAUCUUGGGUGAGGGAGGCCAAGGAACGGUCUACAAAGGGAUAUUGCUGGACAAGUCCAUAGUUGCAAUAAAGAAGGCUCGGCUUGGAGACUGUAGCCAAGUAGAACAGUUUAUCAACGAAGUGCUCGUGCUUUCACAAAUCAACCACAGGAACGUGGUCAAAAUCUUGGGGUGCUGUUUAGAGACUGAAGUUCCUUUGUUGGUAUAUGAGUUCAUUACCAAUGGCACCCUUUUUGAUCACUUGCACGCUUCCAUGCUUGAUUCUUUUCUUACAUGGGAACACCGCUUGAGGAUCGCGAUAGAAGUCGCUGGAACUCUUGCAUAUCUUCACUCCUCUGCUUCUAUUCCAAUCAUCCAUCGGGAUGUCAAGACUGCUAAUAUUCUCUUGGAUGAAAACUUAACUGCAAAAGUAGCCGACUUUGGUGCUUCAAGGCUGAUACCGAUGGAUAAAGAGCAGCUCACAACUAUGGUGCAAGGCACUCUCGGUUACUUAGACCCAGAAUACUACGACACGGGGUUGCUAAACGAAAAGAGUGAUGUUUAUAGCUUUGGGGUAGUCCUGAUGGAACUGCUGACAGGUCAAAAGGCAAUGUGUUUUGAAAGACAACAAUACUCAAAACAUCUAGUGAGCUACUUUGCUUCUACCACGAAAGAGAACAGGUUGGAUGAGAUUAUUGACGGGCAAAUGAUGAGCGCCGAUACUCACAAAGAGAUUCAUGAAGUGGCCAAAAUUGCUGUUUGGUGUACAAGAUUGACUGGAGAGGAAAGACCAAGGAUGAAAGAAAUAGCUACGGAGCUAGAGGGCUUGAGAGUCGCAACGACCAAGCAUGGGAAGUUGGAUCAAUAUCCUGAGACUGAGGAGAUUGAGCACUUGCCCGGUAAUCACAACUUAUCGGCACGAGGCGAUACCAGCAGCAGUGGAUAUGACAGCAUCAAGAUUGUACCAAGGUUGGACAUUGAAACCGGCCGCUGA